AAUACCUUCACGCCGUGGAGCUGUUGUUUGCUGCUUUGACCAAAUCGGAGAGCCUCAUGUUAUUGGAUGUGCUGAUCCUCAUGUACUGCAAAGAGAGCAAUCAUGCGCACUCCCACUUUAUUGAAAGCGCGUUACUCCGCUUCAUAACAAAAUGCGCCACCUCAACCGCUGCUAAAGCACUGCAACUUUGUUUUUCUCGAGCCAAUGAUACGGCGAUCCAGGAGAACACGCGCAUGAGAGUUAUUUAUAACGUUUUGGCAUUAUUUCUUCGAAAUGUACUGCUUUUGUCUUUCCGUGUUAUUGUUCCUGACACCUUUUGAGGUCGAACUUUCUGCUUUUGAAACUUUUUAUCUCGCCACUGUCAAGCUCAUUGCGGAGAACGCUGCCAAGGAAUUUACAGGGGAGAUGAGCUCCGCAGUCUUGGACGCUUUGUUAACCAAUAAGAUGAAAGCGUUCGAGCUUGUACGCGUUCUUUAUUCGGUUGCGCCGGUGUCAUUCGUGCACUCUCAAAAAAGCACGCUCGUUUCCACGUUUUGUGCCCCGCAGGAAGUCGUCACCGGAAAGGAGCUGACCAUGCAUUUAGUGAAAGCUGCGCAUACCGCAAAAACGGUGAAGUGGCCUCUCGCUCCAGCAAAGAAGGAAAACAAACUCAUGUACUACCAGACGGCGUACAACGCGCUGGCGGAGAUCGUAAUGCGCACGCAAAAUAAAAUAGAAUUUUACAGCGGCUUUCUUUUCGAGGAACAUAAAGCACGUGGCCAACUUGUGUUCGAGCGAUUGGUCGAUUUGGACCACACAUGGAUAUAUCCGGUUCAGCUGGACGCUCCCUCUUCCUUCGUCCGCACUAAUAGAUGCCUAAGCCAAGGACAAGCGGUCAGCGACCCCUCAAACCACGUGCUUAUCCACAGCAGCUUAAGCGUUGAUGCUUCUAUGUUUUCGGCGUUUUCUCAACUGCCCGGUAUGCUGGAGGAGGUCUACGAUGGCAGUCAGCAGCUGACAUUGGACAAAUACGAACUUCCGGAGAUGCCCGCCGACCUCAUCAACCAGAACAUGUGCAUGCCCACUCUUUUAGCCGUCAUCGACCGCAUCGAAUAUUAUAUAAUGAGCACGAGCAAAAUGGAGGAGCCGCCUCUCUGGAUGGUGCAGUUGCUCAAAAAAAUGAGCGUCGAUACGCACAUAAACGUCCGCCUUUUUGUCGCCAAACUAGUUUGCAACCGGCCCGGUGUCUUUUCGCCUUUCGCCAACACGUGGACUAAACACUUUCUUCGGUUGGUCCUCGACUACGCACGUUUCUGCGGGAACGGCAUCAACCUUUUCAUGGUGGAGAUGUUUUCUGUGAUUCUGAGUUGGUUUUAUCCGGGCUCCCAAGGAGACAUCCUUUCCACUGCAGUCGACCCGACGUACUCGGACAGGGCGGUGUUCUCAGAAGUGUUCGAGUUUCUACUGAAAAACUCGCACGAGGAGAAGACAACCAACAACAACCUACUUUUGCUGCGAAUGCUCGUGGAAAUAUGGAAGGAUCACUUGGAUGUCCCUACUCAAUUGCUCUACGAUUGGCUAACGGAGUCCAAUAGCCCUCGAAUGAACCUUCUUGGGGUUCAAGUGACAGGAAUGGUACUGGUGAACGAGGUUUCCGGCUUCUUGGACAGGUACAUGAUACAGUUGCUCUCGCACUGCUCUUAGUCAACAGGGGUGUG